AUGUCGUUCAGGAAGCGCUCGCUGACGUCGUCGCUGCGGUCGCUCACGGGUUCGCCGCCCAGCCGGCGGGCGACGAAGGACGUAUUUGCGACCGGCUCGCCCGGCGGCAGCAACGGCGGCGGUAAUGGCAUCGCGUCGAGCGCGAGCUACUCGUCGGGCAGCGAGAGCGACAGCAGCGCGACGCUGUCCUCGUCCGACUCGACCCUCUCGUCGUCGGCCUCCUCCCAGUCGCGCACCUCCGGCGAAAUGGCCGCCGUGGGCACCUCGGGCGAGCCCAAGCUCAGCAACCGCGACAAGAUCAAGCGGCAGCUCUCCUGGCGCAGCGCCUCGAGCCGCGUAAAGAAAGAAGCGAAGCAAAAGAGAGCGAAAGAGAAGGAAAGAGAGAAGGAGAAGGAAGGCCGCAAGCGCGGCGCGACAAAGAUCUUCAAGUCAGACAAGGAGAUGAAGGAGGGCAAGCUGGAGAACCUGCGGCAGGCCGGCGAGACGGCCUACGAGAGCAUCGCGACGAGCCUCACCGACAUCGAGCGCAACAUCGAAAAGCGGCAGAAGAUCGACGACCAGCUCAAGGAGAAGGUGAAGGAGAUGUCGCUCUACAUCCACCGCUUCUCGUCGGUCACCAUCACCACCACGGCCACCGUCGCGCCCGCCCUCGGCUCGUCGCCUUCAGCCACCGCCGGCGCCGGCCUCAACAACGGGUCAUCGUCGUCGGCCUCGCCGCCGCCGUUCGUCGCCCAAUCGUCGUCGUCCAACCUCAACAAGACCAUUCAGACCUCGACCUCCUACCGCAUCCUGCCCACCAUGGAGAGGGUCAACUCGGCCGUUUGGGAGUCCCUCGAAAAGGACAAGCUGAAGCGCGAGUGCAAGACCAAGGAGGAGCGAUUACUGAUGUGGAAGCAGAUCAACAACAUGGCCCUCCUGGAAAUCAGGUGCAAAUUGGGUUCGAUGAAGCAAAACCUGGCGGAGACGCGGUCAAUCGGAGACGCGUUCUUCAUUGUACAGUCAUUCAGGGCGCUCGAGCGGUAUUUGGAGGAGGGAGAGGAGGAGCAAAGCGACUCCAACAACAAGAGCGGGAAGCACCAGCUGCUCAAAUACAACGUGCUCCGAUCACACAUCAGCAACGGCGGCAUGCUCGGCAAUGGUGACGAUGAGAGCGGGGCGUCGGAGGCGAUGGACCACAACCCGCGCCUUUCGUCUUCGCUGAGCAACCUCAAGGCGCGCUCCCUCUCGACGGGCCAGAAGCAGCUCCGUAUGCGCUACCUUGAACUCCUGGACAGCAUCGACCAGGCGAUCGAGGAGAUUCGCGAGCUUCUCAACGAGGUCCACUCGGUACUGUCCAAAGGCAACAGCUCGCUCAGUCCCUACUCUAUCGUCUCGUUGGCCUCCAUCAUCAAGGACAUCAAAAAGAUCUGGGAGAGCGAGACGGAGUUCCACGAGUUCGAGCGACCGGACAACACCAACUUCAUCUACAUCAUGGAGCGCAUACAGCAGCUCCCGCCCGACGUGCAGAUCCCGGCCGAAAAGCUCAACAAGCUCACCAAGGUCACGCUCAUCACCAUCGCCGAACUCAGCCAGGAGUUCACCGACGCUCAGAACAACGUCACCAACGACCAAUCCAUCGCCGCCGCCAUCACCUUUGCCCGCAAGCUCCGCUCCAUCCGCAAGUUCCUGUUGCGAGAUGUGACGUCGUCGAGUGUGAUUUCGAACCUCAAUCGGGCCUCGCGUGCCGGCGCGGGCGGCCAAGUCAUGCGGCUGCAGGCCCUCCUCAAGAAGGAGGUCGCCACCUCCAGCAUCAUCCAAGAAGAGGAGCGGACGGUGAAGGAGAUGCAGGAGCAGAUCAGCGAUGCCAACGUGCAGCGGCACCUGCUGUCGCUCUCCGUGCGUAACCUGGACCGCAAGAUCAACAUCAUCAUCAAGUCCCGCAAGAUGCAGCUCGAUGGCCGCGCCGAGGAGGACGAAAGCCUCGAGCAGGAGUACGAGGAGGUGUUCCAGUUCUUCGACGAAAGCAAGCAGCAGGAGAACCCGUUGGGCAACGCCAAGGAGAAAUACGAGCACUUCGUCUCCAUCAUUCGGUCGCAGCCGCAGUACCUGUCUCGCGUCGUUCGCUUCAUUUCGCUCACCGAUGGUGACAAUCUGGUGGAGACGAUCACUUUCUCUCUCUUUUCCGACCUCUGCCUGGGCACGGAGGAGGCCCUCCUGCUCUCCAUGGUUUCGCGCAUCAUGAACUCGGAGUUCCAACGGUGUAAGCAUCCACGCGACUUCCUCCGUGGCACCACAUUCGUGUCUCGCCUCAUCUCAUCCUAUACCAAACGACAGAGCGGCCGAUUGCACUUGGUGCAAACGCUGAAGGAGGCCCUGUCCUCCAUCAUGAACGACGACAAGCUGGACGUGGAGUUGGAUCCCCAAAAGUUGUACAUAGAAAUGGGGGAGGUCGAAGAGGAGGAGGUCUACAACAUGGAGAUCGCAGAUAUUCGCAAGAUGCCCAGGGUCAAGAAGAAGAUUCGCAAACAUCAAAACAAGCUGCAUUGGCUGUGUAAGUAUGUGCUCAACACCAUCAUCAAGGGUCUCUCCACAAUGCCCUUCGGCAUGCGAUGGCUCGCCAAGCAGCUCGCCGAGAUGAUGCAGGAGAAGUUCCCCGAAUCGACGUUGGAGGACCGGGACAUUUUGCUGGGGUCCUACAUCUUCCUUCGCUUCUACUCGCCCGCCAUCAUCACGCCCGAGUUCUACGGCAUCCUCACCAACGCCAACACGCUCUCCCUCCGCGUGCGACGUAACCUCCUGCAUAUUGCAAAGGUGCUGCAAAAUCUGGCCAACAGGUGCCCCUUCGGAGAGAAGGAACCCUUCAUGGUGCCCAUGAACGUAUUCCUAAAGGACAACCAAUCGGUGCUGCAGUUCUACUUUGACAAGCUCAUCAACGUGGGCGACCCGCAGGCCUACUUCCGCAAGAACCAGCAGGUGGGGCGGAGCGAGCAGACCAUCACCAUCUCCCCCAACGAACUGUACAGACUCGUCACCUUCGUCUCCAGCAAACUCGACGAUGUGGCAACGGACGAGGAGGAUGGCGAUCUGAGGUCGGUGGUGCAAGAAUUGCUCCCCGUGCCGCAGCUGCUGCCUAAGCGCAACAACAAAUACCUCCUCCUGCACAUCACCAACGAGCCGCCAUCUAAGGGCGACGAGCCGGAUGUGAACAUACGGGAGAAGCUGGUGAACGACGUGAAGGACAAACUGGUCCGAGUGCUGCACCUGCUCGCCCCGCUUGACGACAUCCUCGGCGAUGACGAAGACGACGUGCCGCUGUCGCCCAAGUACAUGGGCCUGGGCAGCGGCAACGAGCUGUCGCCCACCAAGAGCACGGCCAUCCGCGACGCCGUCAACGAGGAGUCGUCGGCGUCCGACAAGCGACGGCGCGGCAGCAGCAGCGCCGGCAGCGCCGCCGCUGCCGCCGCCAAGGGCAAGGGCAAGGAGGUCGAGGAGGAGCAGGAGGUGGACGACGAGCGGGACAAGGAUGACGUCAGCGCGGCCGAUCAGCGACGACGGAUGAGCAGCGUCGAGGAGGACAGCAGCGAUGAUGACGGUGGUGACAAGGAGAGGGCCGUCGACGGAGAGGGCAAGGGCAUCGACGACGGCAUGACUGAGGCCGAGCGGCGGCACUCCGACGGGCAGCCGCGGUGGUCCCACAUGAACGUGCGCCGCAUGCUGCAGGAGGUCAAGAAGAGGGCCAAAACCAACGGUGUGGGCAUUGUGACGAUGAUGAGCAUCACGGGCGACGGGGUGAAGCGGAAGAAGGAGGAGCAGGACGAGCUGCUCAUCUCGCUCGACGACCUCAUCUACUCGCUCAAACGACUGCCCGAGGAGUACAAGGCCAGCAACUACGCCCACCUUCUCUACCAGAUGGAGCAGGAUUACCAACGACGUCGGAUCUACCUGUCGUUCUUGUGCACGGAGAAGAUCGAAAUGCUUCAGUCGCUGGAGCACCUGCAAAGCGAGGUGGAGCGGCUGGUCGACGAGAAGGAGAUCUACACCGAGUACCUCAAGAACGUGCAGCUCAAGGCCUUCCUCGCCCGCAUCAAGUCUCGGCCGAUCAUUGGUCCGUUCAAGUACAAGAUCAGGGACCUGGCCAAGGUGGGCGUGAUCACGGUGUCCACGCGGGAGAUGGAGGGCCUGAGCACGGAGGGCUACAGCGCGGUGUCGGAGGAGCAGAUGGGCGGCAUGCCGCUCCGCGUCAGCACGGAUCGCGGUGCCGGCGGCGGCAAGGAGGGCCGCACCUGGCUCGACGGCGUCGUCAAGAUGUCCUGCACCUCCCCUGGUUCGAUCAACCUGGUGAUCCACCACAUAGAUUCGCCGCCGCACUUCUUCGAGAUGCACCUGUCGAAGCUGAUGGACGAGCUGCUGACCAACGACACCAUCACCUACAACGGCGUCGUCUUCGAUCUCCGCAAGGUCAUCCACUUCAUCAACAACAACCUCACCGGCUAG